UCCAUAUCGUAAACUUACUUAUUAUCUACUGAAAAUAAUGCACGCAUUAUGAGGCAAUUUAGGUCGUAGGUACUUGUGUAAGUAUAUCAAAUUUUAUUAUAAGUAUGAAAGGAGUUGAGUGCUUGUUUUUUCAUAAUAAUACCAGAAACAUGGGUGUAGUGCGAGCGUGUCUACAUUUUUUGGUGUUUUGCCUGUACAUCGCGGAGCACCCUGUAACACCUUUUGGGUCAUUCCCUUGGUGUGAUGAUAUUCCUGAUUACGGUUACUACGAAUACGACUACUUUGACAAUCGCCUGCGCAUGCCACUAAAUGAGACAAGCACACCAAAACCAAUUUUAAGGCGUGAUGCUGCUGGAAAUCUGGAGCUAGUGUCAGCAGUAACGACAACGCUGGCUCCACCGGCUGCCACUGGUACAACUGCAGGUCCAAAUCACGAGCCAAGCCAUCGCCCGCAUCAAGAUCGGCACCAACCGCCGAAUCACCGACCACAUCAUCAGCACCAACAUCAGCCGCAACACCAGCGGCAUCAGCAGCGGCACCACCAGCCACACGGUCACCUCCACCAGCCCCAUCAUCAGCGACACAAUCAGUCAGACCACUAA